AUGAGAUUAAAAAUGUUUUGGGUAAUUAUUAUGUCGGUGAUAGCAUCAACUAAUGUGUAUGCACAAUUGACUGCACAAUCAAGUGUAGCUCCAGAACUUAGAGAAUGUUACACUGAUCCCUUAUUAAUAAACAGAAAUAAUCUUCCUCCAAUGACUAUGCCGGUUUUGAUAGAUAUUAUACAAAAAAUUGAAGAUAACCCAAAUAUUAAUAUGGACUUGAGACAACUAGCCCUUUCAUUACUUCACACGUAUAGGCAAGAUGGGAUAGAAUUUCACCAACCAGAUAUCAGUGUUGGUAUAUCAACGAGCGUAUUACCCUACGCACCUACAUUUCAUUCAUUUCACCGUAAUAAAUUGCUUUUAACAAGAAUCAUUACUAAUAAUCUACAAGUUCUUGGCAAUGAUACUGUUAAUUCUGCCUUAAAGUGUACUCUUCAUCAUAUGUUUUCAACGACAGUUGACGCACGAUUCCGUGGUGACGAAAAUAGUUGCAAUAAUUUCGCACAAUAUCGCGCUUUGAGAACUAUUCGUGAUGUAGCAAAGUUAAUGAGACAAGAUGAUGUUGAAAUAAUCGAUGUAUCAUCUUUAAGUUCUAUCAAUAAAAACGGACAAAUGAGACAAUUUAACCCUAAAGAUGACGUAGAAUAUACACAACUAAAUAAUUUAAAAUCUGAGCGCCAAGUGCAAGGAGAAAGUGCCUGCCCCAUAUUGGGUGGCGUUGUCUUCACAAGAUGGGGUGCAGUCUCUGCGGGACAUGUCGUUGCCGGUAUAGCAGGCGGAGCGCAAUUUCAGAAUGUCCCAAUCGCUAACCUAGCAAAGGGUUCAAUUAUUAAUAAUCCCAAUAUCAAGCAAACUGUAUCUUCUAUAUACGUCACGACUUUAUCAGGAGACUUAGCCGAAGCUGUUCUUAUUCAAAACACCGAAAGAGGCAGUCCAACAAUUACUAUUGGUACUGCUGGUAAUUGGAAUUCAACUCAGGCUCCAAGAUUUUAUAUGUUGCGCAGUAGACUAGAUGUUGAAAUGACGGAUCCGGAGACCCGGGGUGAUAUUGAUGGUUUCGUGUUAGGCUCUCUCUUAAAUUCAGACGCACUAAGCUACAACUCAAUGAAACUUUCGCAGCUUCUAGACAUGUAUUACAGCCCAAGGAACGGAGUAAGCGACCCAUCUCGAAGAGCUUGUAAUCGGAAGAAUUUAAGCACCCAGCUCAUAGAUUAUAAUAAUUUAAUAGAAGAAACCUAUGCAUUUACGGCUGCUUUAGACACCAAUAUGCCUUUACGGGGUACAAUAAUAGGUGGCCUACAAGGACCUGUUAACAGUGCAGUAACCAAUUUCCAAAAUUAUAUCACUAACAGUUUAAACGAUAUAAAUUGCGAAAUAACUGAAACCUCAAGUAACGAUUUUCGACUUAAAACGAAUCUCUUCUUGGUGGUCGAUGGCGCAUGGCAGUAUCAAACCAUCUAUCCUGCCAUAUCAUAUCUUCUAGACGGCGUAGAAGUUGGCAAAUUUGGAUCAAGUGUUACUUUAUUGAGUGCUAAUGAUGGGAGUGUUAUAAUAAACAAAACGUUUUCAUUAGCAGACUUCCAUACUGCUUACACUUUAUCAAGACAUCAAUCAAUGUCGGUUGGUCUAAACCUGGAAUCGGCUUUAAGGAACAUCAGAACUAUGAUGCACACUGAACUUGAAAAUGAAAAAGCAUCUAACUAUGUCGGUGGUAAUUCAACAGUAUUACUAUUUUUAUUAAGCAAUACCGUACAAAACAAUCAGUUAGUUAGAGAAGAAGCAAGAAUCCUCAACGAAACAGUGCCUGAUUUACGAAUUUUGUUUGCGACCUCAUCGAAUCAAUUCGACAAUCUAUGGGAUUUGGUUCGGGAUAUGCAUAACGAUAUCAAAACAAUUUCAUUAAAUUCAGAUGGUGUGAAUGUAGUAGAGACUAUGUUGCCUGUAUUGACAAGUAUUCAGCAAGUUGGGCGAAGAAUUAUAAAUCCAAAUUGUGGCGCUUUAUAUCCUGACAUUUCGUCGGGGAUAAGACAAUUUGAUGACUACGUAGAACCUGGAUAUACUAACUUUUAUUCAAUUAGUCCUAAUUAUUUUUAUGGUGAUAACAGCAAUAGGAGGAUCCGUAUCACUAGAUCCAGCGCGGGAGUGGGCAGUUUAGUAAUAUGUCACUCACGGGUUUUUGCUCAACCAAGGCAAAACUCUACAAUAUCCGGGCAAGAUGAAAAUGCUGUUACGUGCCAAACUCUAGCAUCAACUGGCAAUAUAGAAAUCAACCUACAGGGUGCAUGCUAUGGAUACUGGACAAUCAAUUCUUGCCCAUUUUUCCAUAUUUCUGUACAAUCAAGUUUAACAAAUACCGCAUCUUCACUGUCUACAUUUUGCACCGAGAGCGCUUGCAGGUUCCCGUACAAUUUAAGAUAUCAAGUACAAAUAAACGAGUUCGGAUGUUACAGCGGAUGCAGCAGUGUUGUCGUUAGUGCUUUUCUUUUGAUUUGCACAUUUAUUUUAACUUUCCUU